UAUCUCAUUUAAUAAAUAGCGAUGAUAAAACAUGUUCGAGUAAUUCAGUCGCUUUAUUAAAUGAAAUCUAUAAAAAUAGAAAGUUUUUAAUAUAGCACAAAGCAGACACUAAACGAACCCAUCCGUUUGACACAUCAUGAUAAUCUCCGAGAGAUUUCUAUUCGGGAGUAAAGUAAUUCAAUAAUUUACGCCUGUUACAGGUCAACCGAUGCUCUAAAGUUAAGAAAUUGAUAAUACAGUUAUUUACACUGCCGCUGUCUGUUAGUGAGACAGUGCCAGACGUGUAAAUAUUCUAUUAUUACUUCGAAAGAAAUUUUAUCAGUAACACUCUUGCAUUUUGCGAAGUAAAUCUCUAAUUUACUGGUAAAUAUGACUGAAAGUUCGCCGGACGAGCCGAGUUCUAAUCGAAAGGACUUCAUUUGCGGUGUUGUUGAAGGCUUUUACGGACGACCGUGGACUACUGAACAAAGGAAAGAUUUGUUUCAAAAGCUCAAAAAAUGGGGCAUGGACAUGUACGUCUACGCUCCCAAGGACGACUACAAGCACCGAGCCUACUGGCGAGAGCUGUACACCGUGGAGGAAGCUGAACAUCUCACCUCACUCAUCACGGCUGCUAAAGACCAGGGGAUAAUAUUCUGUUAUGCUCUGUCUCCGGGACUGGAUAUAACGUACAGUAGCCAGAAGGAGAUUACUACGCUUAAGAGGAAGUUGGAACAGGUGUCCCAAUUUGGCUGCACAUGUUUCGCCCUGCUUUUCGAUGACAUUGAGCCAGAGAUGAGUGAGGCUGACAAACAGAUAUUCCAGAGCUUUGCUCAUGCACAAGUAUCAGUAACCAACGAGAUCCACCAGCACCUAGGCUGUCCCCGCUUUCUGCUAUGCCCUACACAGUACUGUUCAACCCGCGCCGUGCCUUCAGUCAGCAGCUCGGAGUACCUCAACACUCUGGGCAGCAAGCUGUCGCAGCAGAUCGACAUCAUGUGGACUGGUCCCAAGGUGAUAUCCAAGGUGUUAACAACAGAAGCGAUAGAAGAGAUCACGCAAGUGCUUCGACGUCCGCCAGUCAUAUGGGACAACUUGCACGCUAAUGAUUACGACCAGAAACGCAUCUUUUUGGGACCUUACUGCGGCCGUUCACCAGAGCUGAUUCCGUUACUCCGCGGCGUACUGACGAACCCCAACUGCGAGUACAACGCCAACAUGAUCCCUAUCCGCACUCUCGCGCACUGGGCCAGCUGCAGCCUGGAUGCGCCUGCGCAUAUGGAAGCCGUCUCCUGGGACAUAAAGUUAGAGCGAGAGAGCGAACAAGGCGUCUGUGAAGAUGAAGCACCGCUCACACUUGGCAAACACGUUUAUCAUCACAGACAGGCUCUAAGACAAGCAAUUAAUGAAUGGCUUCCUGAAUUUUCUAUACCGAAAAAUGCUCAAGGACCCGUUAUUAAACCACAGACUACUAUUACAGCUAUACUUUCAGUGCCGCCGGUACCUAUCAUACCGAUCCUACCGUCAGUGAACACUUGUAUGUCGCUAAUGACGGCAACUUCCAACACGUCGACAACGAGCACGGCUGACAUGGCGCCGGCUAUACCCACUGUUAAUACGUCGCAGUUACAAGCGCUGGCUGAUGGCUGUUCGGCUUCUAAUGAUCGGCCUAUUUUGUCUACUAGGGUAUCACCAAUAGAAACCUUCAACCCCGUCCCCAACCCAGUCAUGAAUUCCCUAGUCUCCCCCACCAAAGUCAUCCUCAACGAGUCCAUCCCCAACCCCAUCAUCCCCAUUGCCAGUUCCAACAUAUCCCUACCCUCAGAAAUCCCAGUUUCCACUCUCCCAGUUCCCAUUCUCGGUUUGAAGGCUUUAGAAGAAACGGCUAACAAAGAUAGUAUGGAUAAAAGUGAUAAUGGUAAUGAUACGUUGUUAACGGAUAGUAUAUUGGAAGGCAGUUUCGAUAUGAAAAAGGAUAAGGAUGGGGAUGAGGAUCAGAUUAUUGUGGAUGAUGUGGAAACUCCGGUUGAGGAGCAGCAGCGGAAUGGCGAUAUGAGUGUUGCAGGCUACGUGUUCUGUUGUCCAGACACGCCGCAGACGCUGAGUCCGAGUCGCCCGUCUAUACCCGAGGUGGGGGUAGAACCACUGGAUGUCGACCCCCCGUCUACUGCGGCGACUGACCCUGAUAUCGUCAUGAAUGAUGGUAUGAGUGAGAACGGAUCGAUGCAAGUGGAACCAAGUCACAGUCCGCUCAGUACUGACAUGAUGGUGGAACCGACAGAACCUUCGGACGCCGUUGACGACCCCGUAGACAACGAGGACCCAUCAAUAGACUCAAACGCAUUAGUAGCCGAUGAUCUACUGCUACUGUGCGAUCUAUUCUACUUGCCGUUCGAGCACGGGUCCCGCGGUCUGAGGCUGCUGCAUGACUUCAACUGGCUGACUACUCACGCUGCUAGUCUACUGCCCAGAGGGAAUAAGCCUGAGACAAGCGAGUGGCGCCGUCGCCGCAGUCGCUUCGCGUGGUGGAUGUCCCGCACCAGACGCGUCGCCCGCCGCCUUGCUGCCGCCGCCAACCGCGAGCUCAGAGCCGAGCUGCAGCCCUACCUGUGGGAGCUGUGUGCCGUGCUGGCGCUGCUCGACGCCUUCCUCAGGUGGCUAGAACUCGGCAAAUACCCGCAAAACAUUGCUGCAAAUACGCAAGGAAGUUAUACGUGGUUCUCAAAAGGCUGGCGGGAAGCCUUCGAGAGCGGUUGCCAGGAGCCCUGGGUGUUCCGAGGUGGCCUCACAGCGGACCUGCGUCGCCUACUGCCGGUGGAGUGCACCAGUGACGCGCUUAGGACUCUGCCCCCGCCCACGAUACUACCGCUCACUAUAAGGCCUUAUACUCCUAGUGAUGAAGAAGCGGUAUGCGCGAUAUGUCACAAGACAUGUCGAGACGGCUCCGACUGCAGCGAUCUAUUCCCUAGCGAUCUACAGACAUUGCCGGCUGACAGGCUAGUGGCACCAUUCCUGACUCUAGUCCCGGAGUUGUGCAUGGUGAUAGAAGAUGAUGAAGAGUGUGUUCCGCAAGACGUGACCAGCGGUGAUGAUGAUGACAAGAAAACUGAACCUAGAGUUAAUGGCAUGAAACCCGAGAUAGUAGGGUACGCUUGCGCGGUCCUGAACAGCAAGGAGUUCUACAAGCGACAGGAGAUCGCGUGGAUCCCGGAGAUGUGCACCAAGUACCCGGAACAGCUGACUGAGAGGCAAGACCUGAGUCAGGCUGCUAAGGAGUGCGUCCGCCACUUCCACCAGUUCGUGGUGUCGGAGCGGGCGCCGGAGUCGGUGACGCGCGCGCACCCCGCGCUGCUGACGUGCUGCGUGCUGCCCGCGUGCCGCGACCCGCUCGCGCCGCCGCGCCUGCUCACGUGCCUGCUCGCCGCGCUCAGGGCACACGGAGCGAGUGGCGUCCACGCAUGCAUCAACGCAACCGACCACUACUUACACCAGUUCUACAGCAAGCUAGGCUUUACAGAGGUGACGCGUGGCUCAUGUGGCCGGGUGUAUCUCGCCCGCUCCUUCUAGCAGCCCCCGCUGCCGGCUCAACGGCAUCGGAACCGCAAGUGAAAUGAUCUAGCACUUAAUUCUUCAUGUAUUAGGUCCCAGUUCACCGACAAUAUAAACGUCAGUUUUCUUCCUACGAAUUCCGACGUUUAAUUUUCAAAGUCAACAGUUGUUUUUAGAAAUUAGACGUUUAUCUUGUAGGUGAUUUGGGCGUUUUUACUGACCCGAUUCAUAUUUUUACCGACCCUCAAUGAUCCUGAAUUCAUCACAAAACGUUAUUGUUAAUUGGCACUUUGCUACGAGAAAGGUAGCAGACGUUACCUUGCAGAAAUCAUAUACAAUGACAUAAAAUGUUUGGAAAAAUAUGUAGCAUAAGUACAGUUACAUACAAAAAAAAAAUAACUAACGCCUGAUGACAUUCUGCAAUACCCUUAUUUCCUAUUUUCAAAGAAGGUUUAAUUAAGUACAUGCAUCGCAUACAACUGUAUCUUUUAAGUUCCCAUUGAAGACGAAAGGAAAACUGCCAACUUCACAUUAUUUUUUUACAAUAGCAACACUAACACUUUAUUUUUCUCAUAUUGCAAUGAUCUGAUGUUCAUAUCAAACUAUUUUGAAAUAUAAUGUUAAAAGAUUCUGAUCCCUUUUGUAUAAGUAGUAUAAAACAUGUAUUAAAAUAUAAAUAGUUGUAUAUUAAUUGUAUAUUUAGCUUUUUGCUUUAUAAGUAUCACCGCGAUUCGCGAUUCUAUUUGUUUUCAAUAAAGUGACUAUUCAAUUAUUUUGUUUAUGUUUUAUCUUAUAGUAAGUUCAGUUAUUUUUCAACAUAAAAUUAAAAAGAAAAAAAUAUAUUUAAGAAACCAUCUUAUGAUAUUUUUUAUAACAAAACAAAAUGGCCGCUCUAUAUGCGUUUGCGCAAGUCAAGUGCUAAUUUAUAUCACUAAGCUUUCAAACCACUCGGAUAACUGCCAAUCAUAUUUCGGUUAUUAAUUCAGCUAAAAAGUGCAAGUAAAAUUAUGUAAGCUUUCAAUGUGGCUACAGAAUUAGAUAAGUAGAUUAUUGCCAAUUAUGCUAUCCAAAUAAUUCUGCCUUCCAUUUUAAUGGCUAAGUAGGUAGUAAAAUCUACACACGAUAUGCUAAGUUGUAUGAUUGAAUUUGAGAAGCUACUGCUUUUUGGAGACUUUCUAAUCUAUAAAAAUAAUAAUGAAAAUGUGUUUUUUCUAUAAAUAAUAAUCUUUUCGCAAAAUUGGAAGAAUGAAGUUUGAAAUUGUAAUACACAACCUUCUUAGUUGAAGUAGGUUAGAAAAACACGCGGGCGGAGUUGCCACAUUUUACAAAAAGACAAAAAACUUUUUUGUCACUUGUUGACAUUACAUCCCUAGUCAAGUGUUGGGAAAGACUGAGAUAAUGUGAAUGGAAAAGUAUUGGCAUGUGUUUAAACUUAGAUAGUAUGAUUGUAGCAAUCUCUGAAACUGCUGUCGCACGAAUGUUAAGCAAAGUGCACCUUCUUUUCUGCAUAUAAACAAGCUAUAUAAGAGUUUGCAUGUUUGUGAAAAAAGAUGGAAUUAAAAUCAUAUUUCUUUAAAUAUUUGAUGGCUAACUAUUAUUUAACAAUUUCAUUAGGCUUCAAGAAACAUUUAUACAAUACUGCGAUAAAAUUGAAAAUAUUCUGGCAGCUAAUAAAAAUAAUUUUCAACAAGCAAUCAUGUUUUCGAAUAUUGUGUUUGUCCUAUACCUACUUACUACAUAAUUCUUUGUAUGCUCGUCACACAUUAUGGUGUCUUCCGUAGUACUGUAAUAUCUAUCAUUAUAUCGAUUUUUGGAAAUUACUAAAACAAUCAGUUUCUUUAGAAUUAAAGAAACCUGACAUUAGCCAAAUGAAGCAUACUUAAGGCUUAUAAUAAGACAUCAUUGCAAUUUGCUAAUAUAAAAUUGGUAAAACACCUAGACAUAAUUUAUAUAAAAAAUUCCACUGCAUAACGCUAAAAACAUUCAUAAAGUUACAAUAAACCAAUCACCUUUAAUUUCAAGUUAUUUUAUGAUCACAAUUAUAUUUAAUUUAUAUAAAUAUACUUCUAGUGAAAUAUUAAGCUGUCUAUAAUAUGUUUUUUGCACAAUUUUGCAUUUAAUUUGCUUUCUAUAUCUUUAGAUGUAAGUAUGAUUUUAUAUUAUUAAACCUUUUGUAUCGUCAAUUACUUUAUGCUUCAGUAUUAAAAAAUAAUUUUGAAAAAUUAAAAAUGUAGAGACCUUCAUCAAUUUGUCUAAAUUGCAGAAAAAAGUAGUUUUACAACCUAAAUGAUGUAGUCAUUAGUUAAGAUAAAUUAACAAUUUUAUAUGUCUAGAUAUAUAUUAAAAAUUAUGAAUAAUUCAAGUGUAAUGUUCCUUUUGUUAUAUUAUUUUAGUAGUCCCUGCUUUGUCAACAUUGCCCAGUUUUACUUAUAAAAAUUAUAGUAUCUGGGCUGAGGUGGAAAGCUUCUUUUUAAUAAAUGGCAAGUACUUUUAUAACAGCAUAUUGUGUAACCAUUAUUAUUUUAAUUAUAGCAUUAGUCCUAUAUUGUGUUGUUUAUAUAUUAUGCGUUUUUUCUAUGGUGCCGGCCAUCUUGACGAUAAAUCGGUAAUAAAAAUUGUAAAAAUCGAAA